AUGCAGUCUGGCUCCUCCAUCCCAGUGGUGCCCGCGCUGGAUCUGGAAGAGGAGCGGUUAUACGCGUUGCCCAGCCUGGCUCCGCCCUGUGCAGCCUGCCCCCCGUACCAGCUCGGGCGCUGCCCCGAGCCUGCUAACCCUAACUAUGCAUCAGGAUGCCCCCAUCUCCUGAUGGCCCCAGGGAAAUCUACCCCCAAUGGGGCCAGGAAACCCACCACUAACGCAGGUGGAUUUAGCAGUACUCCUUCCCAGGUAAACGCUUCAUGGGAGUUUGUUUUCAAAACCCAUGCACCCCUGGUCCCCGUGGUCUGUCUCCCACCCUGCCUGCAUCCUCAUCAGCCACAAGACCUGCUCUCAGUGCAGUUGGGAGCUCAGGCCCUGGUGUCCUGGGUGACACCUGGCCAUGAGAACCAGCCCCAUCAGACUGCUACUUUUGGAAUUCUGCUGCCGUAG